UGAUAACACGUGAUUUGGUCCAACUAUGUUCACGGGAUUACGUUCAGAAUCGUUAAAUUGCAACCGUUUGUUACAGUAACAACAUGAUAGAGGUAUGGACGAAAGAGUAAAAAGGAGCUGACAUUAAUGAUGACGUAGAAUAACUUUUAGCUCGAGGAAUCGGCCAGAGAACACAUGUUAUCUACCACAGUCACCAUCUGUUAUUUGGACUAUCCGUGAUGAUAUAAAGAUUAAUUGGUUAUAACAACUUACAUCAGAGUGCAUCAUAUCAUUGUAAAUCGGACCAUGUCUUAUUCAACAAUUAAUUCGAUCUACUUAAAAUUCUAUUUAUUAGUGUUUUUUAUAAUGACUAUUUUUGCUGUGGUUAAUAUGUUCACAUCAUUAAAGUACAUCCGUGAAAGUUAUGGAAGUAUCCAGAAAUUUGAACCCAUGACUAAUGUUUAUUAUAUCAAAGAUUUUCAAGAAUACAACACUAAGAACGACAAUUUGGCCCAUAGUUCCCAAUCUGAGGUUGACGUAUCCAGUUCGAAACUUCCAAAAUUAAGAUCGGAAUCAAGUGAUAUAAAGAGACCCUAUAACUGUUCAGAUUGCUUCAAGCACAACUUUCAAUAUAUCAUUCUCAACAAGAAGAUAUGCGACGUAAAGAGGGAUACAUCUGUGGAACUUUUCUUAUUUAUUCUCACCAUCCAUCAAAAUAUUAAACAACGGACUAUGAUUAGAAAUACGUGGUUAUCAAUAUCAAAAAAUAAUACUUCAGAUGUAAGAUAUGUGUUCUUGUUAGGCAAAUCAAUGCAUGAAGCAAUGAACCGGAAGGCUAUCGAAGAAGCGGCAAUUUUUAAUGAUAUUAUAAUGGAGGAUUUUAAAGAUUCCUAUCAAAAUUUAACAUACAAAACAAUAAUGGGAUUAAAAUAUGUUUCUAAUUAUUGUAAACAAACAAAAUACGUUUUUAAAACUGAUGAUGAUAUGUGGAUUAACAUACCUGCUUUACAGAGAUUAUUAAAAACGGAUGGACAUAAAUUAGAAACGGCUGUGGGCGGUGCGUGUCGCCAGUCCUCUAAUCCAAUACGUAAAAAAUCGUCAAAAUGGUACGCUUCCUAUUCGAGAUACCCAGGUAAAACCUAUCCCGGGUUUUGUUCAGGGACUGGAUAUGUUUUAAGCGUUAAUGUUGCUCAAAAGGUUUUUGAGAUAUCUAAAGACGUACCGUUCUAUCAUUUGGAAGAUGUUUAUGUGGCUUUAUGUGCGCGAAAAUUGGGUUUUAAACUGAUACGUUUACGUGGAUUUGUAAUACCCCGGAAGCGUAAUAACACAUGUGUGUUAAAAUCGGAUAAAGUAAUAACUUCUCAUAGAGUUCCUCCCAAAUCUUUAAAGGCAAUAUGGGAAGCAAAAUGUUAAUUCAAGAGUACAUGAUUAUAACUUGGAUAUAUUCACUUCGAAAAUAGUGUAAUGGUUCAUGGAGAAUCAACGGAUGGCUUUUGAUUUUCAACGGAUUUAAACAACGCUAUUUCUAAUUAAUUAUUUAAUUAAAAUAAUGAAAAUGAAAAUCGAGAUUAAAUUGUUCUUCUAACGGUUAUAACUCCGCUCAGAAUGAAGUAAUUUGACUGAAAUUUUCAUUAUCUAUUUUUGAACACUGAAAAAACACUUGUGUUGGAUCUCAACACAAGUACUUGUGUUAAAACCAAUCUACACAAGUUAUGUGUU